AUGGAAACACUCCCACAAGCAUGGCUGAGAUACUGGUUACCAGUUGGUGCUCGACGUACAGGUACCGUGAUUCGUAUUCUUAUGACCGCUGGUUUAAUACCUCCUCCACCAAUGAUGGUAAUGGGACGGAAAACGGGACUUCUUGGUGAUACGUCGAAUCCAGAGAAGUAA